AUUCUUGUGAAGGAUAAGAAUGUUGGACUAAGAAUCAAAAACAAAUUCAUAGAGAAAGGAAGGUUUAACCACUAACUAUGACCCCAUGCUUCAUGAGAAAAUCUGAAGUAUUCGAAAAGUCAACGAUUACUUACGGCAUUCGAGACGGGAAACAGGAAAAUCAGGGACUUGAGGGGGGCGGGAACCAUGCCCAGUAGUUCAUCGUCCAUGCCAUAGAUGUCCACGAUGUUCCACAGAGGAGACACGCCCAUUUGGGCCAUGAAUUUAUUCAGAACCUGAAAGAUUUUUAUAAAUUUAGCGAUUUCUAUCACAGCUUUGAGAACGAAUAUCGGUUCUUACAUCCGGAUUGGAUUCCAGCGGUAACCAGGUGGCUUCACUCAUUUUGGAGGUUUUCUCACUCGUGAAUUUUUAGAACCCGAACGAAUACCUGCUUGCACUACCGAAUGCAAAAUCAAAUUACCAGCUAGCUAGGUUACCAACAAGUUAAUUCAAUUUCUUCCGAUAAUCCUAUUAUUUAUGACUCAGCUCCAGCGAGAGGAAAAAUUAUCAAUGCAACAUGCACAGCAAAUCGCACCACAAAACUGCAAAAACGGCAAAAACGAAAGGGCGCUUGGACGAUGACAAUUCAAAAUUGAAAAUGCCGGCCGGCAUGUUUUCGAGCAGUCUCAAGGAGAUUCGAGCAGAUUGGUGUCGACCACAAAAUAGAUUUAGAGACCUCUGUUCCAAAAUCCUCUGAAAUCGAAUUAUUUAUGAAAAUUAUCCAAUUUUUGUGCCACAUUUUGUUCAAGUGUUUGAUCGGGAAUUUGAAAAUCUGGCGCAGCAUCGGCGAGUAGAAAUAAUAAGAAGAAGUCCACUUCCAUCGUAUAGGCGAUAAUUCCGGAAAAUGACUAACUGGGGUCCCCUGGAAUCAAAUCCGGAUGUCUUCAACAAAUUCCUCGCCAGAAUUGGUGUGUCUCCGCUGUGGAACAUCGAAGACAUCUACGGGAUAGACGAAGUACUGCUGGCCGCAGUUUCCAUGCCGCUUAAAGCCCUUAUUUUCCUGUUCCCAUGUUCGGAAUCGUACGAAGCGUACGUUGCUAGUCAGAAUGCGGAACCGGAUGCACACAACACCGGUCAUCCGGCAGGCUUAUUCUACAUGCGUCAGUACGCACGCAAUGCCUGUGGAACAGUGGCUCUGGUCCAUGCGGUUCUUAAUAAUCCAGAUAUCGAACUAGAACCGGGCAGCCCACUUUAUAGUUUUUUGGAACGUGCCAAAGCUGCCAACCCCGAAGACAGGGGCAAAAUGUUUGAAAGUGAUGCUGCUAUCCGAGAGAUUCAUCAAGUACUAGCAACCGAAGGUCAAACGGCUGCUCCCCAUCCUGACGAUGAGGUUUAUCAUCAUUUUAUUGCAUUCGUGCAUGCGGAAGGCAGAUUGUACGAACUGGACGGAAGCAAACGACGCGGUCCGAUAGAACAUGGACCGACAACGCCGGAAAACCUGCUUCACGAUGCUGUGGCCGUGUGUAAACAGUACAUUGAGCGAGACCCGGGAGAGGUUGGGUUUAGCAUGAUGGGAUUGGUGCCUACCCAAUAAAAAUGAAGGAACUUUUCGGUAAGAUUCUCAUCAGAUGACGGACAACACUCGGAUUGAACUUUGUAACUUUUCAUUUUAUUCAUGUAUUUAUAAAAAUUUUAAAUUUAAAUGAUAUCAAAUAUCACAGAA